AUGAGACUCGAGUGCAUUUUUCUUCAGGCCGUGUGGGCGACUGGCUCACUGGCUUCGUCUUAUGCCACAGCUAAGGAGUUAUUUGGCCGAGAGGAUAGCUCGUCUGGGAUACUCACAUGCGAGGCCACGAACUGGCCGAUAACUACACAAGGACGCCCAAAUUUUCCCCAGGCGCCUUCGCAAAUUCUGACAUCGAUUCUAUCCCAGGUGGCCCCAGCCAACAUCGAAGCGACUAUACUCAAACUUGUCUCAUUCGGGACUCGGCACACGCUCUCUACGCAGACCAGUCCCACUCGCGGAAUCGGUGCAGCGAGGGACUGGAUCGCAUCCGAGUUUCGAAGGUACGCUAACGCGAGUGAUGGGAGGCUUACUGUAGAUGUGAAAAGCUACCUGCAGCAGCCCGAUGGCAAUCGGGUCCUCUUCCCGGUGAAUAUCAGUGACGUCGUGGCGACUCUUCACGGGACUGAGACGCCAGAGAGGCUGUACGUGGUUUCGGGCCACUAUGACAGCCGCGUCUCCAACCCGAACAACUACGAAUCCGAUGCCCCUGGUGCGGAUGAUGAUGCUUCUGGAGUCGCGAUCUCACUGGAGCUGGCUCGUAUCAUGUCUCAGCCGAGCUUCCCGCGCCCUCGAGCAAGCAUCGUCUUUGUUGCCGUGGCCGGUGAGGAGCAGGGUCUGCUAGGGGCCCAGUAUCUGGCACAGACGUACGCCAAUGCCACGCCGCGCGCCAAUGUCGAGGGCAUGUUCACGAAUGACAUCGUAGGAUCCUCCAAGGCCGACGAUGGGACAUCGGACCCCUAUACGAUCAGGCUCUUCGCGCAGGGCCUACCGCCCUUGAACGUCGAAAACUCCGCCACGAGGGAGAGCCGGCUUACAAUAGGGGGCGAGAACGACACGCCGGCGAGGAACCUCGCGCGGCUCGUCAAGGAGGUCGCCGAGAACGGCGCCACCGGCAUGAACGUCUCGGUCAUCUACCGGCUCGACCGCUACCUGCGCGGCGGCGACCACCGGCCCUUCCUCGAGGCCGGGUAUCCGGCGAACCGGUUCACCGAGCCGAACGAGGACUAUGCGCACCAGCACCAGGACGUCCGGGUCGAGGGCGGGAAGCAGUACGGCGACCUGCCCGAGUUCUGCGACUUUGACUUCAUCGCACGCGUGGGCCGCGUCAACGGCGCGGCCCUGUGGAGCCUCGCGAACUCGCCUGGCGUGCCCAGGAACGUCCGUGUCAACUCGACGGCGCUCAGCAACGACAGCACCUUCUACUGGGACCCGCCGGCCGGCGGAGAGGGGGCCGUGGGGAGCUACGAGGUGGUCUGGAGGGCCACGGCCGCCCCCUUCUGGGACCAUGCGCUUGAUGUCGGGCUGGUCAACCAGGCUACGGUGGAUCUCAGUAAGGAUAAUGUCGUCUUUGGGAUCAGAGCCAAAAGCGUCGAUGGAAUGAGAGGCGUUGCGGUGCUCCCUUUUCCAAUAUCUUAA